CGCUCAGAUCUCCCCCCAUUUCUCUCCUCCACCGCACAAGCGCACACGCUCCUUUCCUUUCCCGUGUCCACCGGGGCAGCAGCGCGAGGGUUUCGAACAUGGCGGAGCAGCCGCAAGCGGAGGGGGCGGGCCCCAAGUCCGAAACCCUGAUGGAGAAGAUCGCCGACAAGCUCCACGUAGUCGGCGGCGGCGACUCGUCUUCGGACUCUGACAACGACGACCGCCCCCGCCCCUCGGCGCCGCCCGAGGUCAAACCCUCCUUCUCCGACUCCGCCGCGGCGGCGGCGGCCGAGGCCAAGGCCAAGGUGUUCCGCCUCUUCGGACGCGAGCAACCGAUCCACAUGGUCCUCGGUGGCGGCAAACCUGCUGAUGUGUUUUUGUGGAGGAACAGGAACAUCUCUGCUGGAGUACUUGGUGGUGCAACUGCAAUCUGGAUCCUAUUUGAAUUGCUUGGCUACCAUCUUCUAACAUUUGUUUGCCAUGGUCUUAUAUUCUCUCUGGGUGUUCUCUUUCUCUGGUCUAACGCCUCCUCAUUCAUCAACAAGUCUCCCCCACGGAUCCCAGAGGUGAUCAUUCCCGAAGACGUGAUUGUCAACAUUGCGUUAUCUACUCGUUAUGAGAUCAACUGGGCCUUUGCCAAUCUUCGUCAGAUUGCUCUUGGCCGAGACAUAAAGAAAUUCCUUAUGGUGAUUGCUGGGCUAUGGUUGCUUUCCGUUCUUGGGAGCUGCUGCAACUUCUUGACCUUGGUUUACAUUGUUUUCGUGGUGCUGCACACAGUCCCUGUUCUCUACGAGAAGUAUGAGGAUCAGAUUGACUCCUAUGGUGAGAAGGGGUGGGUGGAAGUUAAGAAGCAGUAUGCCGUGUUUGAUGCUAAGGUUCUGAGCAAAGUACCAAGGGGCCCUGCGAAAGACAAGAAGCAUUAGAAACAAGUGAUUAAGUGCUAAUGGGUAGGGAAUGCUAGCAAGUGGUUCGAGUUCCUCUGGACUCAGGAGGUAUCACGACGGCCCUUGUGGUACGAGCACCAAUAUGCCACCUUAUUGCCUUGUGUUAUGUAUGGCUCUUUUGUUGUUUGGCCUUGAUGGGAGUAGCCAAAUAGUUUCGCCCUACAACAGUAAUGCAGAUGCAGCCUGCGAUUUUCUGUACUGCUGUUUGAUUUUUGAUCUGUAUUGCGAGAUGUCGCAUGCCUAUGGUUUCUUCGACGCUGUUUUUGCUACUUAUAUCGAUGCAGUUUGGAGUUUGAUAAUAUAUGGACUAUUAUUGAGCUUAAAAACCAUGUACUCAUUUUCACCAUGGUUUUGGUGAAAAUAAUUUAUUA